AUGGACACGAAGGAUGGCUGGAGAGUCCGACGACUGGACGACGAACCGAUGUACUGCCAGGCUCCCUACGACGAAUCGGACAUCCUAUGUGCGAGCUUUGACAACGAAGAUCUCGCGACCCUCAAAGAGAGGAAACGCCGAUAUGAGGAGGCUGCGACUCGGUUUUUGCAGGGGCAUACGCCAAGACUGGUAUCUACAGUUCUAAGAGGCCCUUUCGAAGGACCAGACGCAAAAGGUUGGGUGAAUCCAUGGCAGUCGAGGCGGAAACCUGCGUUAGCUGUCACCCCACCAGCACCAACACCUGCUGUCAAAACGACCACGGAAGUCGAAGAAAGUCAUGUGGAAGAACUGGAUGUUGAGGAUGCAGCGUCUUGCCAUCUACCGAGCCCGCGAAGCCUGGAUCAUCCCAACUUGAGCCCACACCCCUUCAUGGCAACAGACGAACUGGAACGAGUUGAAGCAUGGCGAAAUACUACGGAAUCUGUCAGCGAUUCACAAGAGUCUGCUUGGUCAUUAGAGGCCUCUCUUUCACAGCCUCGGUCACAGACACAACGUAAGCGACGGUCAACGGGAUCAGAAUGGCUUAAGCGGCAAGACAUCAAACGACGAAAGGCAGAGGAUACGAAUGGCAUUCGGGCGGGUUCGGCUGCUACCCAGCGCGAUAACCCAUGCCUGAGCCAAAGUCUAAUUCAGGAACAAGGGGACGCCGCCAUGGAGGAUGAGACCGCAAGCUUGGAGAGCUCUCAAGUAACCCCACAAACCCCUCGCAAGGCUUUAAAUUCAAGCGCCAGUCGCUCGCAACAGCAACAACUCACCCAAAUAUCCAACAAUUGCGCCAGUACUACCCAAGACGAGAUACCAGUCUCGCUGAGCACUCCGAUCCAGACUCCACAGUCCAAUAGGAAGGCAGUGGUCAGGAGCGAAGACGUGGCUCCGCCCAGCAAUGGCGUCACUGUGGUCAUGGAAGAAGAUCGUGGUGAAUUCGAGACACAGCAGGACGAGAGUUUCUUAUUCCGGGCAAGGCCAAGGAACCAUGUUCUCAACACCUUGAACUCAAGUCCCUUGAAGAGGAUGUCCUACGGCCAAGUUUCUUCCGCCGCUUCCACUUCUUCGAGCGAAAGGGACUCCCAAGGCGAGGUCCAAGAUUUGGAGGGUGACACUUACAUGGCAGACGACACCAAAGCUACGUCCCCAGGGUCCAGCGAGGGGUGGCAUAGCCCUCGAUGCGAUGAAAAGCGACGUGGGCCCCACGAGAAUGACAGACGACGAAGUUCCAGAAAACCGACGAUCGUGGCAAUUGCUGCAUCACAAGAGCAAGGAGAGGAUUUGUCUCUAAAAGAAGCAAACCCAGAGCCGCGAGCGCCGACGCCAGAAAUGCAGGCGGCUGCGCCAAAGGAACCCGCAAGCCAAACCUCCAGCUCAUUCACGAGCAUGCUGCCGAGUCUCUUUCCUCAAAGUCCCUGGUCGAAACUGAGCCAAUUCAUCAUUCCGCGCAGUCCUCGUCCACCUAGCAACACGGAUCAGAACCACCAACAACUCACCACUGUCAACAUACCCACUGUCGAAGGUUCCAACGCUUCGCAGACACCGGCAACACCACUGACGGCGUCAACUGCGUACACUGUUGAACCUAUUGAUGCACCUGAUCGAACAACUGAACGACCUUCAACAUACACUAAGAAUAGGGUAGUGGACGCAGCCAGUCUUCACAACAGUCCUGCCGCCGUACCAGCUUCACAACAGAGCCCGUGGAAUAUGGACGUGCCAGUUAUUACUCCGCCUCCGCAGCAGCAACAGCCGAGGGAGAGUGAUGCAGCAAGCGCCAUCGAUCCAAGCUGCCAAAGCCCUUGGACUGCGAGUCCAACCAAAAUGCGUCAAGCUGCUCAAGAAGCUCUUAUGUCGAAGUUCUUCAAUGUUGCCGAACCAGCUUCGCCGUCUCCGCUUCCUCCCGCCGCUACGAUGACUCCUGCAGGUCCAUCUGUCGCUACUGAACAACUUAACACCGCCGAUACGCCAAAGCCAGCUUCGCCUGAGGCUAUGUUCUCUAUUAAGUCCUUUGCGAAUUUCCUGUCUCCAUCGCCCGAGAAGCCACGUCGGCGUCUGAAUAAGGCUCGCCCCAGUGCCGGUGACCUACCCAGCACACAAAACCUGAUCGCCGCUACAACUAAUAAUCCAUGGCAAAGCGUACCAAAGUCAACCAAAAGGGUCAGAUGGGCAUUACUGCCCAACGAGGUCGAAGGCGAGGAAUCUUUGCAGGGCCAAAAUCCCCAUACGCCUACGAUGCAAAGAGCUUCUUCGCCGCCGCCAGAGACCGCAGUAGCUGACUUACCAACCGGUGAAGACGAUCAGUACAAGAAGCACUUCCAAGCUGUUUCACUUCGAAAAAAGCUACAUCACCACCUCUUACCUUCAGCAUCUCAGCAGGUGUUGGAAAGUCCAGACUCAUUCCGAGCACCUCCAGCCCUGGUGGCGACCACGCAUGUCGACGAUGCCCCACUGGUGCAAGAUAAUGCCGAGACGCAAGAGUCCGCUAUGGAUGAUGUCGAUGACGUUCUUAGUCACUUGAACGAGUUUAUCGCAAUGGUCGAUGUCGAAGCUGAUCUCGCGAGAGCUAAGGAGGAAGAGCAGAAGCAGAUCGAGAAACAACAACAACAACAACAACAACAGCAGCGAACGAGCCAGCCUGUAAGCAGUGGCCUCGCACGCGGCUUCACUUUUGACGGGAUGAUGGACGCAGGAGUAUGGGAUUGA